AUGAGCAAAGAGGACAUUCAUGUCAACAGAGUCGACGAUGUCGAACACGGCGAGCAAAAGACGCAAGACUCUCUUGACAUACUCAAGGAUCCCGUCAUCACAGCGUUUCCGGAUGGUGGCUUCAGAGCAUGGUUGACGGUCGCGGGUUCAUUCUCCGUCCUUUUUGUCGCCAGUGGUUUCGUAAGGCUAGCCCUCCGACCAUGGAUGUUAUACAUGUUGCUGACCCGGAACCAUACCAUCUCUCAAAUAUCCUGGAUUGGCUCAUCAGCCCCAUUUAUCCACUCUGUCAUCGGCGUCCCUGUUGGUAAUGCCUACGAUGCGGGAUAUUUUCGCCACUUGAUGAUUGGGGGGAGCCUACUUUACGUAGUGGCAAUUAUGCUGUUGUCGAUUUGCAGCAAAUACUAUCAAGUCUUCCUCUGUCAAGGCUUGCUUGUUGGGGUGGCGACGGGCCUGAUUUACCAGCCAUCCGUCACCAUUCUGAGCCAUUACUUCAGCAAGCGUCGCGCUUUAGUAAUGGGUAUUGCCGCUAGUGGAGCCUCUCUGGGAGGCGUGAUAUAUCCAAUCCUCUUGAAUCGAUUGUUCGUGCGAAUGGGAUUUGCGUGGGGCGUGCGAACAGCUGGAUUCAUGAUCGCCGGAAUUUUGGUUCUGGGCAAUCUCGCCAUGACCACCCGACUACCGACUCGCCACAGGGGGACGGCCACCGUACACGCCGCGUCUGAUGAUGUGGUGAACUCGGUUGUACCGGAGAGCAUUCCAAGUUUCAACUAUCGAUCUCUUGGAGAACCGACAUAUCUGUUCACCAUCGUCGGCUGUGCGAUGAUCAUGAUGGGUAUAAGUCUUCCGUUCUCUUACUUGCAGGUUUUCGCCUUGACACACCAAGCUAUUUCGAAUGAUCUUGCUUUUUACGUGCUCGGGAUCAUGAUGUCAGGAUCUGUCUUUGGGGCAAUCUUCUGGGCAUAUCUCGCAGAUAAAUUGGGAGUCCUCAAUAUUGUCAUCUUCACAACCACAAUUUCGGCCGCACUGCAAUUCUCGCUGCUAGGGGCGAGCCAUUCCGGUGCUGUAAUUGCCGUGGGGGUGCUGUACGGCUUCUUCAGCAGCGCCUUUCAGGCCAUGUUGGGUCCAAUUUUCUCUCGCGUAUCCACCACUGUCACGGAGAUUGGACAUCGCAUGGGAUUUGGCUUCCUUGUCAUCGGCAUCGGAUCUUUGAUUGGGCCCCCUAUCCAGGGUGCUUUGCUAGGGAAAGACCAAAUGCACUUUGGCUGGUGGAAAGCGCUUUUGUUCGCUGCGCUAUCGAUCCUCACGGGUGCCGCUCUUAUUGGACUCGGCGCAAGAUCGCUGCGCCUGAAGUAUCACACUCGAGGUGUUUGAGCCUUUCAGAUGGACUGAAGCGUGCCUGAGGACUUGUGCAUGGGACGAUAACCGGCUCAUGUGUUUGUGUUCAAGAGAUGCUAGGACGAACAAAUACGUCGUUGACUUCGGAAAUUGAUUUUUAGAAAAGACGUCAGGCAGACUGUUGUAGAGAUCCCCCUGACGAGGGUGCUCCUAUACAUGAAGCCUGAACGAGUAGUUAGAUGCAUGAUCAUGGCUUUUGAUUCUAAGAAUAGCUCUGAUUUGUCUCAUCAUCGUGUCCAAACAUGGAAACGUCGUACGAUAAUCAACAAAAGAGGGUCCGAAGCCUUACAU